GGAAGCGCGAGUCUCCCCGGGAGAGAUGGCUGCCGGGGGUAUGAGCCGGUCGGAGCGCAAGGCGGCGGAGCGGGUCCGGAGGCUGCGGGAGGAGCAGCAGAGGGAGCGCCUCCGCCAGGUGUCGCUCAUCCUGAGGAAGGCGGCGGCCGAGCGCAGCGCGGAGGAGGGCCGGCUCCUGGCCGAGAGCGAGGACCUGGUGACCGAGCUGCAGGGUCGGAGCAGGCGGCGCGAGGGCCUGAAGCGGCGGCAGGAGGAGGUGUGCGACGACCCGGAGGAGCUGCGGAGGAAAGUCCGGGAGCUGGCUAGCGCCGUCCGCAACGCCAAGCACCUGGUCGUCUACACGGGCGCGGGGAUCAGCACGGCAGCUUCUAUCCCAGAUUACCGGGGUCCUAAUGGAGUGUGGACGCUGCUUCAGAAGGGAAGAAGCAUUAGUGCUGCUGACCUGAGUGAGGCCGAGCCGACCCUCACCCACAUGAGCAUCGCCUGCUUACACGAGCAGAAGCUGGUGCAGCACGUGGUGUCUCAGAACUGUGACGGGCUCCACCUGCGGAGCGGGCUGCCUCGCACAGCCAUGUCGGAGCUCCACGGGAACAUGUAUAUCGAAGUCUGCACAGCCUGCACUCCCAACAGGGAGUAUGUGCGGGUGUUUGAUGUGACGGAGCGCACCGCCCUGCACCGACACCAGACCGGCCGCACCUGCCACAAGUGCGGGGCCCAGCUCCGGGACACCAUCGUGCACUUUGGGGAGAGGGGGACAUUGGGACAGCCUCUGAACUGGGAGGCGGCCACCCAGGCUGCCAACAGAGCAGACACAAUCCUGUGCUUAGGCUCCAGCUUAAAGGUUCUAAAGAAGUAUCCACACCUCUGGUGCAUGACCAAGCCCCCCAGCCGGCGGCCCAAGCUCUACAUUGUGAACUUGCAGUGGACCCCGAAGGAUGACUGGGCUGCCCUGAAGCUGCACGGAAAGUGUGAUGACGUCAUGCGGCUCCUCAUGGAUGAUCUGGGCCUGGAGAUCCCCCGCUACAGCAGGUGGCAGGACCCCAUCUUCACACUGGCCACUCCCCUGCGUGCGGGUGAAGAAGGCAGCCACAGUCGCAAGUCGCUGUGCAGAAGUCGAGAAGAACCUGGGCCUGGGGACCGGGGUGCACCACUUAGCUCAGCCCCUGUCCUGGGCGGCUGGUUUGGCAGGGGCUGCACCAAGCGCACAAAAAGGAAGAAAGUAACGUAACCUGUUGCUUGACCGAGAACAAUGAUGGCACUUUGCAAAUGGCCGGCACUCUUCUUCAGGGGCAAGUGGCACUGUUAAGGCCAGCACUGCCCCUGGAAUUCUCUGGGGGUGACAUUCUCACCCUGACAUGUUUAGCCAUUUGUCAUUGUGGAAAGCUCCCUUGCACUGCUGUGGUUGCCCCCCGCAUGGGCCUAAUGAUGGAAGACACCUCGCCCAAGCAGCCUCUUCUAAAGAGGUGGCAGCCACACCCUCUGUGAAAACAGGACUCGGGUUAUUUCACACCUGGCCAGCAAAGAGGAAGCACACGGCUGCCUUACCUCAUUCACUAGGCUAGUCUCAGGGGCCUCAACUCUAUUUCUACCACUUCUUACUAAAAAUGUUAAAUUUAUAGAAGCCUUUUUCUGUAUUGGGUAUGCUGCAAAGGAGUGGUUUUUGAGCCUUGGCUCUCAGCAGGCCUUUUUAUUGUUAUUAAACAUC